AUGGAGAUGAACAGAAGACAUCUAAUUGGGAAGAGUUUUUCGAUAAAUUAUUCUGAUAAGCUCAGAAAUGAGGAGAUGGAUACAGAUGCUUUGGAUGUGGAGAUUAUUCCUCCAGAGUCACAGGAAAAUGGAGUUUCUCAGAACUCUGUUGUCUCCAAGACGCUACAAGAUAAUACGCCAAAGUCUUUUAGAAAUCGGUUUCUUGAUUUUGUUCGCAUAAGCUCAGUACUUAAUAGCGCAGCAGAAAGAUUCUUUAAGAGUGAGAUAAGGAGGAGAUUGUUUGUGACGGCUGUAUUGCUUGUCGUUAGCCGUGUUGGAUAUUUUAUCCCGUUACCUGGAUUUGACAGAAGAUUAAUACCUCAAGAUUACCUGAGCUUUGUCUCGGGUUCUGUUGAGGAAUUGGGUGAGUUCGGAGCAGAGAUCAAGCUUUCGCUCUUUCAGCUUGGGCUCAGUCCACAGAUCGUAGCAUCCAUAAUUAUGCAGGUGCUUUGUCACGUUCUUCCAUCCUUGGUGAAGCUGCGAAAGGAAGGCUUGGAUGGUCACGAGAAGAUCAAGAGUUAUAUAUGGUGGCUAUCGUUUUUCUUUGCUAUAGUUGAAGCUAUAGUGGUGGCUUGCUCUUCUCUCCAAUAUUCAGUUUUUGCAGCCACCUCUCAGGCCAAACAUGUAAUGGUGACAGCAUUUCUUCUAGUCUGUGGUGCAAUGACGAUGACGUGGCUGUGUGAUACGAUAUCAGAAUCUGGAUUUGGUCAUGGAUCAUCUCUAAUUAUUUGUGUGGGAAUAUUGACGGGUUAUACAGAGACCUUACAUAAGAUGCUCAAUCAAAUCUCAGGAAGUUUCUCGAAUUGGUUGCCUUACUUGUUGGGCGUGCUGGGCAUCUUUACAGUAGUAACUAUGUUUGCUGUUGUUGUCACCGAAGGCUGCAGGAAGAUAAAACUACAAUAUUAUGGUUUUAAACUUGCUUCUGCGUCCAGAGAAGGUUCUCCAAUAACCGAGGUGGAGCCGUACAUACCUUUUAACAUUAACCCAGCAGGAAUGCAGCCUGUUCUCACAACCACUUAUCUCUUGGCAUUUCCCAGCAUUAUUGCAAGUAUUGUGGGUUCACGUUUCUUGCUGCACGUAAAGGAGAUAUUAAACCCUGAAAGCACGGUUGGGGCACCACCUUGGGUUUAUUACUCAAUCUAUGCGUUUUGCGUCUUUCUCUUCAACAUCUUUGACAUCGCUAACUUGCCAAAGGAAAUAGCCGAUUAUUUAAACAAAAUGGGAGCAAGAAUACCAAACAUUAAGCCUGGGAAAGCCACAAUCGAGUACCUAACGAAGAUACAAGCAUCAACCAGAUUUUGGGGAGGUCUUUUGUUGAGCUUUUUGGCAACAUCUUCUACUGUACUUGACCACUAUCUACGCAGCAUCAAUCAAGGAUUUUCUAUCGGAUUUACGUCGGUUUUAAUCAUUGUUGGUUCCAUUAUUGAACUCAGAAGAUCUUACCAUGCUUACAACGUAAUGCCGAGUUUAAGCAAAGCAUUGAAGAGGUAUGGUGUAUAA